AUGAACGUGCACGAUCUGCAGCUUCCGAAGGUAGAAUAUGGAGAUAUACAAAAGCAAAAGUGGGUCACUGUUUUCCAUUUUGUUCUAAAUGACGAAAAUCUGCUGUUGGUAUCCUCCUACUGUCUAAAUGCAUGUACAGAGUGUGGGUUCGAAAAGCGAUUUGUUGCUGUUUCUGCUUCUCAAAACGAAAAAGAGGGAUUUUUGGUACUGAUUUGGAAUGAAGGGAAUCAAAGGAGAGAAAACCAGUCAAGUCCUGUGGUGUGUGCUCAUGAGAGAGAGAAGGGAGACGAGGAGAUAAAUGAGGCUGCUGAGCUGUUUCAAGAAGCAAGGAGUAUUUUCGAUAGUGAAUAUGGACCAUAUCACCCAAACACAUUGGGAGUUUAUAGCAAUCUUGCUGGAACUUAUGAUGCAUUGGGUAGGACAAAUGAUGCAAUUGAAAUAUUGGAAUACGUUGUUGGGAUAAGAGAGGAGAAGCUAGGAACAGCAAAUCCUGAUGUGGAUGGCGAAAAGCGGAGGUUAGCCAAGAUACUGAAAGAAGGAGGGAGGGUUAGAAACAGGAAACAUAUGUCACUGGAAACCCUCCUUGACACCAACUUACAGUUCUUAUGAUGCUGUUCGAUGUAUAUUAUGAUGUUUCAAGAAGCAAUAAGUUUUAUAUUUUUUAUAGGGGACACGCGCGCUGGGAACACGUGGCAUGUCCCCAGCCUCGUCCGUAUUCCUAUUUUUUUAAAAAUUUUCGUGUCCAGUAUCCAUGUUCGUAUCCGAGUCCAUGCUACAGCCUACGUAGAUGCAGACUGCUCAAAAUUUUCAGAGAUUUGACUACCAUUUUUUUCAUGCAAACACUAAAUGACAGUAAGACCCAAAAAGUUAUUUCCAACUAAGUUAUAUCAAAAUGACAUAAGAAGUUUAUAGAUUGUAACACACAUUUCCAACUAAGUAAAUUUAGUUCAUGUUCAAUGUA